AUGAAAAGCAGAUUGAAGGAAAAUAAAGAGAAAGAAAUGCUUCCAAGCUAUCAAAGCUAUGAAAAAGGCUUAAAGAAGACCUUGGAAGGGUACAUUAAGUACUGCACCGAAUUUUCCUGGCGUCUUGCGACACAAGUUCCGCCUAUACGGAUUGAGUAUAAGGAAUUUACUUACAACUCUUUGUAUCAUAAUGAAAGUCAGGCGUUUGUGCCUUUUUCAAAAACGGCUACGCCGAGGAGCUGGGCUUAUCCCCAAAAACAUAUGGAAGAAGUAUUCUAUCUGUGGCCUAUCCUCUUAGACUUUGAU